AAAAUAAACUUGGGAAAAAAAAAAAAAAAAAAGGGAAGGGAAGGAGGAAAGUCAAGAAAAAUGUUGAUUGGCUUGUGUGGAGGUAUAUGCUCUGGUAAACAUGCCAUUGCAGAGUACCUCAUCCAGCAUCAAGGGUUCCAGCUACUCGAACUUAAAAGUAGAAGUUUCCCUCGAAUAGCUGAUGAGCUCGAGGAUGAUCGAUGGCUACACGAGUCAGAGUUUACGGGUAAAGGGAGAAGUCAGCCAUCGCAGCUAUUAUUUGAAAGUGCAGAAUCGCUUCUAGAUUUUGCAACGAAAAAUUGGCAAGGCCUCUGGGUAACAACAGAUAUUUGGGAGAGUGCUACAUUAGAUCGCUUUCUUCAACGCCCGUUUUUCCUCCUAGUGAGCGUUGACGCACCAGUUAGUCUCCGAUGGCAGCGAUUUGGAGACAGGUGUCGGAGGAGGCAGCUUGAGCCCCCGCCUCUCGAAAAGUUUGUACUCUGGAAUGAUCGACAUCUGUAUGAUAAGAAUAUCGGGCGUGUCUAUUUGACCGACCGGGCACAGGUUCGAUUGUUCAACUCAUCCACUUCAUUGGAGGAAUUGCAUGCUGCUCUCAUGGGGCUUAACCUGGCUGACGAGGAGCGCUUACGACCAAACUGGGAUCAGUACUUCAUGCAGUUGGCAUCUCUUGCCGCACAGCGGAGUAAUUGUAUGAAGAGAAGGGUGGGCUGUGUGCUUGUUCGGGAACGCCGUGUCAUCAGUACUGGAUACAACGGAACUCCACGACAUCUAAGAAACUGCAACGAGGCUGGCUGUCCAAGAUGCAACCGAGGUGAGGGCGGAGGCGUCGGUUUAUCCACGUGUCUUUGCCUUCAUGCAGAAGAGAACGCUCUAUUAGAGGCUGGAAGGGAGCGUAUACGGGAGGGUACAAUACUUUAUUGUGACACGUGUCCUUGCUUGACGUGCACAGUCAAAAUUGCCCAGGUUGGCAUUUCCGAAGUCGUAUACUCACAGGGAUAUAAUAUGGAUCAAGAUAGCGCUGCAAUUCUAGAGUCCGCUGGUGUUCGCCUUCGACAGUUUUCUCCCCCUCGGAACGGACUUAUCUAUCUCGAGGGUUCAACUAAAAUAAAGCAAUAAUUGUUCUGCAUAAGAGCCUAGGCCUUAGAUGCACAAUGGAUCAUGGAGAAUUUUGAAUACGGUUUCAGGGAUGGCAAAGGCAACCAGAUGCGUAUAGUAUAUACGAUCUAUACAGUCAGUCAUGAUCCAUCCAUCUACCGUGAUCUUAAGUAAA